UAUUAUUUCACCCUAUUUCCUGUGAGUGGCCCUCGAGUCGCUCUCUCUCUCUCCUCUUCACCGCUCCCCGCGCGACGAAACCCUCGAGACCCCAACUCCAUGGCGAAGCUCUCCAAAUCGCAGCAGCCCUCGUCCGACGAAGCCUUGUCCAAUUCCUCGUCCGAGGAUGAUGAGCAGAUCAACGAGCAGAUCAACGACGAUGAUGAUGACGACGACGAGGAGGAGCUCGAGGCGGUGGCUAGAGCUGCCGGCUCCGACGACGACGAAGCCGCCGAUGACGAUGGCGAAACCGCAGACGAUAGCAGCGAUCGCGACCAGGCCGAUGAGGAUGAAAAUAAUUUGGUUGAUUCCGAGAUGAGUAAGCGUGAAAAAGCCAGGCUCAAAGAAAUGCAGAAGUUGAAGAAACAAAAGAUACAGGAGAUGCUGGAUGCGCAAAAUGCUGCAAUUGAUGCUGACAUGAACAAUAAAGGAAAAGGGCGGUUAAAAUAUCUCUUGCAGCAAACGGAAAUAUUUGCCCAUUUUGCAAAAGGUGAACAAUCUGCAUCCCAGAAGAAGGCCAAGGGAAGGGGACGUCAUGCCUCAAAAGUAACCGAAGAGGAGGAGGAUGAAGAAUGCCUCAAGGAGGAAGAAGAUGGCUUUUCUGGAACAGGAAACACAAGAUUGGUGACACAACCCUCUUGCAUUCAGGGGAAGAUGAGGGAUUACCAACUUGCUGGAUUAAAUUGGCUCAUACGGCUCUAUGAGAAUGGCAUAAAUGGAAUUCUUGCAGAUGAAAUGGGGCUUGGGAAAACAUUGCAAACUAUAUCCUUAUUGGGAUAUCUGCAUGAGUUCAGGGGGAUUACUGGUCCUCACAUGGUUGUUGCUCCUAAAUCCACGCUUGGUAAUUGGAUGAAUGAAAUCCGACGAUUUUGCCCUAUCUUGCGCGCUGUGAAGUUUCUUGGUAAUCCUGAUGAAAGGAGGCAUAUCCGGGAAGACUUGCUUGUUGCUGGGAAGUUUGAUGUUUGUGUCACUAGUUUUGAAAUGGCCAUCAAAGAGAAGUCUGCUUUACGUCGCUUUAGCUGGCGUUAUAUUAUCAUUGAUGAAGCUCAUCGAAUUAAGAAUGAGAAUUCACUUCUUUCUAAAACAAUGAGACUUUACAAUACCAAUUAUCGUCUUCUUAUCACUGGUACACCACUUCAGAAUAAUCUUCAUGAGCUUUGGUCUCUCCUCAAUUUUCUCCUGCCUGAGAUAUUUAGUUCUGCUGAAACCUUUGAUGAAUGGUUUCAAAUUUCUGGUGAAAAUGACCAGCAAGAGGUUGUUCAACAACUUCACAAGGUCCUCCGGCCAUUCCUCCUUCGAAGGUUAAAGUCAGAUGUGGAGAAAGGCUUGCCUCCAAAAAAGGAAACAAUACUUAAAGUGGGCAUGUCCCAAUUGCAGAAGCAAUUCUACAGAGCUUUGUUGCAGAAAGAUCUUGAAGUUGUCAAUGCUGGUGGAGAGAGAAAGCGUCUUCUAAAUAUAGCCAUGCAGCUCCGUAAAUGUUGUAAUCACCCAUAUCUUUUCCAGGGUGCAGAACCUGGUCCCCCUUACACAACAGGAGAGCACCUGACUACGAAUGCAGGUAAAAUGGUUCUUUUGGAUAAGUUGCUGCCAAAACUAAAGGAGCGUGACUCAAGAGUCCUAAUAUUCUCUCAGAUGACAAGGCUGCUUGACAUUCUUGAGGACUAUUUAAUGUUUCGUGGGUAUCAGUAUUGUCGAAUUGAUGGAAAUACUGGUGGAGAAGAUCGUGAUGCUUCUAUUGAAGCCUUCAAUAAGCCAGGAAGUGAAAAAUUUGUCUUCCUACUAUCAACAAGAGCUGGAGGCCUUGGCAUCAAUCUUGCCACUGCAGAUGUUGUCAUUCUUUAUGACAGUGAUUGGAAUCCACAAGUUGAUUUGCAAGCACAGGAUCGUGCUCAUAGGAUUGGUCAAAAGAAAGAAGUUCAAGUGUUUCGCUUCUGCACAGAGUACACUAUUGAGGAAAAAGUGAUUGAGAGGGCUUAUAAAAAGCUUGCACUUGAUGCAUUGGUGAUUCAACAGGGGCGACUUGCAGAGCAGAAAACUGUUAAUAAGGAUGAGCUACUGCAAAUGGUGAGAUUUGGUGCCGAAAUGGUUUUUAGUUCCAAGGAUAGCACAAUUACUGAGGAGGAUAUAGAUAGAAUCAUUGCUAAAGGAGAAGAGGCAACAGCUGAACUUGAUGCCAAGAUGAAGAAAUUUACAGAAGAUGCAAUUAAGUUUAAAAUGGAUGACACUGCUGAAUUAUAUGAUUUUGAUGACGACAAGGAUGAGAACAAAUUUGACUUCAAGAAAAUUGUCAGUGAAAACUGGAUUGAACCACCAAAAAGAGAGAGGAAGCGCAAUUACUCAGAGUCUGAAUAUUUCAAGCAAACAAUGCGCCAAGGUGCUCCAGCAAAACCUAAAGAGCCUCGGAUCCCACGUAUGCCUCAGCUGCAUGAUUUCCAAUUUUUUAACACACAGAGAUUGAGUGAGCUGUAUGAGAAAGAAGUACGGUACCUCAUGCAAACACAUCAAAAGAAUCAGUUAAAAGAUUCUAUAGAUGUGGAUGAACCUGAAGAGUUGGGGGAUCCAUUAACUGCUGAAGAACAGGAAGAAAAGGAGCGAUUACUAGAAGACGGAUUUUCUACAUGGAGUAGAAGAGAUUUCAACACUUUCAUUAGAGCUUGUGAGAAGUAUGGCCGGACUGAUGUAAAAAGUAUUGCUUCUGAAAUGGAAGGGAAAACAUUGGAGGAAGUUGAGAGAUAUGCAAGAGUUUUCAAAGAAAGAUACAAAGAGUUGAAUGAUUAUGAUAGAAUAAUCAAGAACAUUGAAAGAGGGGAGGCCAGAAUUUCUCGGAAAGAUGAGAUCAUGAAGGCAAUUGGAAAGAAGUUGGAUCGCUACAAGAAUCCAUGGCUUGAACUGAAGAUACAGUAUGGUCAGAACAAGGGAAAGUUAUACAAUGAAGAAUGUGAUCGAUUCAUGAUAUGCAUGGUUCACAAGCUUGGGUAUGGGAAUUGGGAUGAGCUAAAGGCAGCAUUUCGCACUUCAUCUUUAUUUCGUUUUGAUUGGUUUGUAAAAUCUCGCACCACUCAAGAACUUGCUAGGAGAUGUGAUACCCUUAUUCGGUUGGUGGAGAGGGAAAACCAAGAAUAUGAUGAGAGGGAGAGACAGGCUCGGAAAGAAAAGAAGCUUGCGAAGAACAUGACACCAUCAAAACGAGCUGUAGGAAGACCACCAACUGAAAGCCCUAAUUCAACUUUAAAGAAGAGGAAGCAAUUAUCAAUGGAUGACUAUUUGAGCUCUGUAAGUUUUGUCCUCAGUUUUUAUGUUUGAAAGGACCUAAAUUUUUGUGCUGUUAUUAGACGAGGAACCAAACAUGCAUUGAGGAUUCAAUAAAAUUUAAUUGAGUUGAUACGAUAGUCUUGGGACUGAAAUCCCCAUGUAGAUUGGUGUAAAGGUUAGCUGUUGGAUGAUUUGAUUUUUCUUGCAAGCAACUGAAGCUCUACCAUUUUUUGUUGGCAGGGAAAGAGGAGGAAAUGAUGGUGAGGAUUUUCUGCAGCCAUCUUUGUGUGGUCUUCAGGCCUCGGGUGUUUUGUUAAAUUCAGCAAUGGCUACAUGGUUGAUGCAUUAGUUUGCUCUGCUAUAACAGAGCUGCUCAAUUUUUGGAUUAUUGUGCUGACUAGAUGGGAAUUAAGCCAUGGCACAGAGUUGCUGCGUUAGUUAGCAUAUGCCAUACCCCGACCUGCUUGCAUCGGGACUGUUAUCCUGACUUGAUAGUAACUGUUAUUCCUGCUGAUAGUUGAGGCGGUUAUGUAUUUAUGUAGGCUUCAGGAAGUUGUAUAAAUGAAUGCACCGACUGUAUGCUUAAAUUCUACUCAAAAAGUCUUUUUGAGGUGAAUUUUUUGAUGCAAGAUGUGAAAACUGAAAUGUUCUUGCAAACUCCUAAUGCUAGCAAAGAAAUCUCUUUGAAUUAUGUUAAA